AUGUUAAUUUUGGGUCUAAGUACGGCUUGCACGAAGCAGACAGCGCGCAAGUCGACGGGCGGCAAGGCCCCGCGCAAGCAGCUGGCCACCAAGGCGGCCCGCAAGAGCGCGCCGGCCACCGGCGGCGUCAAGAAGCCGCACCGCUACCGGCCCGGCACGGUGGCCCUGCGCGAGAUCCGCCGCUACCAGAAGUCCACCGAGCUGCUGAUCCGCAAGCUGCCGUUCCAGCGGCUGGUGCGCGAGAUCGCGCAGGACUUCAAGACCGACCUGCGCUUCCAGAGCUCGGCCGUGAUGGCGCUGCAGGAGGCGUGCGAGGCCUACCUGGUGGGGCUCUUCGAGGACACCAACCUGUGCGCCAUCCACGCCAAGCGCGUCACCAUCAUGCCCAAGGACAUCCAGCUGGCGUGCCGCAUCCGUGGGGAGCGGGCCUAAGUUCCUUCAGCCAGUGAAAACUUUAAUGCCCAAAGGCUCUUUUCAGAGCCAGUGACCUUUUCUAUGAGAUAGUGCUUUGUUCUUGUUCUCGUAAAUUGUGAAAGAUCCUGGAGAAACCAAGUGUUACAAGUCCUUGCAUAAGCUUAAUUGUGUGGCUCUGAAAAGAGCCUUUAGGUAUUCUCAGUUAGCCAAACCUCUGAGUUCCUGCCGGCCCCUUCUUGGGCUUGGCCGCCUUGGGCUUCGGGACCUUGACCUUGGCGGGGCUCUUGGCCACUUUCUUGGCCGCCGCCGCCGCGGGCUUCUUCGCCUUCUUCGGGGUCUUCUUGGCGCUCUUCUUGGGGGUGCCGGCCCCGGUGGCCUUCUUGGGUUUCUUGGCCGCCC